AUGACAUGGUACCAGAUCUGGAAGUAUGAGCCUUUGCGAAUCAGCUUCUUACUGCGGUCGGUAUAUGAUCUGCUACCCUCACCAGCUAACCUACACAGAUGGGGAAUACAAGACAGCCCAUCAUGUCAACUGUGUAACAGAACUGGAAGCAUGGAGCACAUACUAUCGGCAUGCAGCACAGCACUCACGCAAGGCAGAUAUAGAUGGCGCCAUGACCAAGUGCUUCGAGAUAUGGCAGACAUUCUUGAAAGACAGCGAAUGAAGAAGAGAAAACAGCCACAGCCAAAAACCAUCCACUUUGUCAAGGAGGGCCAGUCAGCACCUAAAGGCAAAAUAACAAAAUCUUCAGUACUUGACGAAGCUGACAAUUGGAAUAUGGCUGUUGACCUACAGAAAAAGCUUGUCUUUCCGGAGGUAGUACAAACCAAUCUCAGACCCGACAUUGUCAUCUGGUCCAACACUGCAAAGCACCUGGUGAUGAUUGAAUUGACAAUCCCAUGGGAAACAAGGUGUGAAGAAGCCUAUGAAAGGAAGAAAACCGAGUACUCUGAUCUCAUGGACCAAUGCAGACAACAAGGAUGGAGAACCUGGCUGUUCCCUGUUGAAAUAGGAGCAAGGGGUUUCCCAGCCAAUUCACUAUGGAAGAUGUUGGGCGCCAUGGGACUCAACGGCCAUGAGAGAAGGUCUGCUGUGGGCAGAGAGAACAAUCAGCUGAAAGGGCAUCCAGUUGGCUAUGGUCUCGAAGAGAUGAGAGGAGCUGGAAGCCAGUCACCAACACGUAGUGGACUGAUCACCACUGCGGACCCACCACCCGAAGAGUGUACCAGGAUUAAAGGGUCGAAACACUUGUUGAUGGGUGGAUCCUGGCUGAUGAUGUUGGUGACUGAUGCAGUGACAUCACUGUAUUACACACAUAUAUACACUAUUAUGAUUGUCCACGUGUUAAGUGCAUUUGCGUUACCUGAAAGAUAA